AGGAGGAAGGGUAAAUCCACAGGACCAGAGUGCCGGCAGCAGAGGAGGGGAGGGGGGGCUUCCAGACUGGAUGGGCCCAGCAAUGCCUUGAUGGAGCAUGGGCCAGGUUUUAGGAUUCUCCCACUGCCAGGAAUAUGGCUCUGUGGCAUCCACCCCAGACUCGACUCCUCCGUGCACUGAUGGCGGAAAUGAGGAGUCAGAGAUGUACGAGCUGCAAACGGCCAGAGAGUGGUCUGACGACGACGAGGGGGGAGACCCAGAUGAUGACGAGGGUCUGGCUUCCUCCCCGUCCGUCUGGGGCACGCCUCGUCAGAACUCUUUUGAGCUGACUUUCUCCUACAUCGCCAUCGCCGAGGCCGAAGCGGUGGGAGCCUCCCGACACCUACGGGACCGACGCAGAGGAGGCUCCAGGGGAAGCCGAACUCCUCUGAUGCGUGCAGACACCCUGGAAACGCUGCUGGACUCCCCCGACGUAGACUGGGACCCUCAAGGCUUCCUCGGCCGGGAGGAAGAGGAGGAAGCUUCAGGGAGGAGGGAGCAGGAGAGGAUGGAGGCGAGGAUGGCGAUGAGGGAAAGGGAGCAGCACAGACAAACUGAGACUAUUACAAUUCAGCCCUCUCCCCAAAAUGUGGACACAGAGAAUCAAGGGAGAGACGCAGGAGUCCAAAGAGAAGAGAGUGAGACUCAGACUUUCCAGCCUCCCUCUCAGUCAUCCCAAAUACAGAGCUCCUCACAGAUACUCCAGGCAGCAUCCUCACCAACCCCUGAGCCAGAGUCUCCCGUCGCCAGGGAAACCAUUUCAGUCAAGCUGCUCACAUCUGUGCGACCCAGAGGUGCAGCGUCCUCGUCGUCGGCUGCCAUUGGCCUCAACUCUCAGGAAGAACUGGUCAGCGAUCACUGGUUUUCAGCACUUAACUUAACAGAGGACUCGACAGUCUGCACACACAUAGCAGUGAUGGACCUGAUCUACUGGAAGGACACGGAACGAACCGGCAUGGUUCUCACAGGGUUAGUGGUGGGUUUGCUGUCAUUGUUCCAGCUCAGCAUCAUCACCGUGAUCUCCACAGUCUCCCUGGCUGUCAUGUGCUUCACCAUCUCAGUGCGCAUCUACUACCAACUGCUCUACAUCCUCAGCUGGGGUGAUGGAGAACAUCCCUUCAAGUCAUACUUGGACUUGGACAUCAGUUUCAGUGGCGAGCAGGCCGACCUCUAUAUGCAGAAAGCCAUCGUCAUGGCUCUGUCUGCUGUUGACAGUCUCAAGAGACUCUUUUUUGUUGGAAGCGUUUUUGAAUCCCUGAAGCUCCUGGUUCUGAUGUACCUGGUGACAUAUCUGGGAGAGCUGUGCAAUGGCCUUACUCUGCUCAUCAUCAGUGUGAUCGCUGUCUUUUCUCUGCCAAUUUUCUACAGUCGACGCCAGGAAGAAGUGGACGGCUUCAUUGCAAAAAUCCAAGCUAAGAUUGACAACGUCAAGGACUUUCUGCAAAGACUUGUCCAGGGUGGCGGCCCUCCUCCUGAUCCAACUCCUGGUGGUGCCAAACCCAAAACCCAAUAAACACUCAUGGACAACAGCUUAAAGAGACGCUACCAGAGUCACAGACUGUCACUCAGAUGUCUUACUCGGCGGUCUGUGCUCGGAGCUCCAGAGGACAGAGCUCCGGAGACUAGGGAAGGGAAGGGAGGUUAUUUAAAUGAAUGAGGACUGCGCAUGGUACUUUAUACUCUAACUGUAUCUGGUGUCGGAGGAUGGGGUUGAGAUAAUUCUUCUUCGAGGUGAAAUCGAGGUGUAGGAGUCCUGAAUGACACUGAUUCCACAACACAGCUCGACAUGCGCGACCAUCUUUGGAAAUACUGUUUUUAACAUGUAAAAAUGACUCAAGAAGUGUCUUAGAAGGGGCUGUAGUCCAAAUGAGGUACUAAGACCAUAAAUGGGAAGUUCUCACACUGACAGCUACACCUGAGAAAAGGGAAGCGAGUUGUUAAGGUGAUUUAUGCGAGACGAAAAAAACAGGAUUCAAUAGUCAUCAUGGCAGCAUAAAACUAGCAAUUAAGGAUGCAUGUGUCAACACAUGAACAUUUCUGAUUAUUCAUUCUCAUGACUGUUUAUCCGUGCGUGUGCAGGUAUGACUGUGUCUGUUUGUGUGUGCGUGUGAGAUUCUUGACAUGCAGCUUGCCGAAUUGAAAAUGUUGCCCAAAAGCAAUUAAAGUCACAUUUCUUCUUUA